GUCUAGUGUCUUAGUUUGACCGUAGCCAUCCGUUUACAGAGGAUGGUGUCCGGACUCCCAUGGCUAUUCGGCGCGCUACACCCCCUCAUUCAGGACUUCCUCGUCUCCACCGUACGUAUCCGCCCAGAGCUGCCUCUCCAGUAUGAAGAGUCGGAGGAUGUUCAGCCCGGUCCGCUGGAGGAUUCGCGGCCCGGCUCGUCUCCUCCCCUUCUCGGCGAAAACGGCGUUCACGCCGCCGUCGCUCCAGUACUGCUGAGCAGGCUUCACCCGUGGGUGAGAGUGACUGUGCGUCACACACUCAGCCCAAGUUUUCUGAUCCCGGACUUCAUGACUUAUGCACUACUGUGAGUAACUCUGUUUUGCCCGCCAUUGUGUUACCUGAAUCGGAUAACUCCGCCACUUUGUGUUUGAACUCUAGAGACACUAUACAGCGAGGCACCUCAGUGUCAGAUUAUUCACCAGGUGCUUGCGCUAGUAAUCUUUGUGUUUUUGAGCCCUCAGAGUCUUGUAAUGCUCGCAGUGAUCUCCCUGAGUUAGCCAAUAUGAAUGUUUCACCUGUGGAGUUAGCUGAACCAAAGACUGUUAUCUUACACCAGACUCACCUACAUACUGCUACCAGCAUUGUAGCCCCGCAGAACUGUUUUAAUCAGCCUGUACAUUCUGAGGUUUCCCAGUCUGAGCUCAGCCACACACCACCACCAUCAUCGGCUCUAGAUGUAACCGUGCAUGAUGAGCAGCACAAACCAUCUGAGACUGAGUGUUCUCUAGGUGAUGCUCCUUCCCGUGACUGUCUCAUGUUCCAGCCAUUUUUGUCUUCAGACAUUUCUGACAUUCCCCAGCCAACCCCUCAACCAGCUAUUGCUCUCUCAGCUCCCCAAAGAGUUACUGAGAAUGAGACCUGUGUUGCUGAGCAAGCCAAUGUAACAUCUACUCCUAGCGUUCUGCCUGAGCCAGGUGACACAGAGACUAAUAGUCUUUCCGCUGCUAUGAACAGUUUAAUCUUUGAACCAGCUCUGGUAUCUGUGACUCCCAGUGUUGCUCUGUCAGUUUCUCAGGCUCUGGUUUUUCCUGUGCCACAACUCGAAAGUGCUAACUCGGACACUACCUGUGUAACCUCGCCUUCUCCCGUGCCUGCUAAGCAUGAGACUGUUUCUGUUUUUCCUUGUGGACUCCUUGAAACUGUGUAUUCCAUGCCUGCUAAGGUUAAGAGCCGUAAGGUUUUGUCUGCUAUACAUACACUGGCAAAAGAAUUUGGUUUGAGCACUGCAGAGCUGGUUGCACAGGUUAACUUUUCUGUUCCCCGGUCGUGUCAGUUUAACUCUGUGCACCAUGCUUUUCGGCCAAGUUUCAUGGACACUAUGUGUACCACGUCUCGGGCUACAUCUUGUACGACUGUGUGUAGUGUUAUUUCACAUCCAGGUUAUCCAGACACUGCUUGUGUGAAUUCUCCAGUACCUGUGACUGUUCCUGAACUCACUCUUCCUAAGACUGCUAACUAUAAGAUGGACAGCUUAAGAACAGCAGAGUUGCUGAAAUCAGCCUGCCAUAAGUCUCUGAUAGCUAUUACGGUGUUCGGCACCAUCAACCUAGUUUACCCUGUGUCAGUUGCUGUUCCUGUGCUUCGCUCUCCACCUCCGGUUCCUGUACCCAGGGCAGCGCGGGCCCAGCUUCCCCUUGCACCCGUAUCAGUUCCUCGGGUGAGGGUGGCUGAGGUCCAGCUGGUCCCUGCAUCUGUCUCCAGCUUGGCAGAGGCUCCAUUCAUCCCGGCACCCGUACCUGCUCAUCGGGUGGGGUUGAUGGACACCCAGCCAUUGCCUGCACCUGUUCCGGCUCCCCGGGUGAGGUCAGCUGUGACCCUGCCGACUCCUGCACCCGUCUCAGUUCCUCGGGUGGGAGCAGCAGAGGUCCAGCUAGCUCCUGCACCUACGCCGGCCCCCAGGGUUAAGGCUGCAAGAGCCCAGUUCGUCCCUGCACCCGUAUCUGUUCCUCGGGUGGGGAUGGCUGGUGUUCGGCCAGGCCCUGCACCCAUUCCUGUUCCCCGGAGGAGAGCAGCCAAGACUCGGACACCUGCUCAGUCACAAGUUCAACUACCUGCUGUUUCACCAUCACUACAACUUGCACUUUUGUCCAUAGCGCAGUUAUUAGCUCAGCAACCUGCUCAGUCACUGCCGUCCUCUGCUGAAAGCUCUUGUGUGCUCACUCAGCCAGUUAAGGACUGCGUGGUGCUGACAAAGCUUGGACAGACUGUUUGCACUGCACUGCACAGCCCCAGCCGUUGCAUCCUAAGCCGACUGCGUGCCCUGUGCAGCUACAGUUAG